AUGGUGGAGGAGUCUCCUCAUAAUGCCAUUCCUAUUUCAGCAUACGAGUCGCCUCCUAAUCAUCAACAAGAAAGUGUGGUGGAAGUUCCUAAAGAUACUCCUGCUUCUUCAUUGGUAGAACGGCGUGAUGAACUUCUAGCAAAGAAAGACAAGCUAGAAGAGGAAAACCCACAACUUGUGACAGUUGUUCAUAAAAUUACAAAACUUGUUGCUGAAGAGAGUAAUCCCACAAGUUCUUCUAGUUCCCAAGAGUCAAUUCGUGGAGUUGAAAGCGCUGCUCAGAAGUCCGGCGCUGUACGGCACCUGCGGACCUGUCAGACCGGCCCCACGGGUUCCACCAGCCCUCCGACCACCCUAGCCCCGCUGGCUACUCCUUCCAGUGAUCUUUGGCUUCAACAGCCCCCGCCUCCGGUUCCAGGUCUGACAGCCCCCGCCGCCGGCUACAAUCUCCGAUGCCCACCCCUCCAGCCCAGUGCCGCCGCCCCGCGCUGCUGCCACCUCUGCUCUACCCAGGUCAACUCUCCCUCCACUCUACUGCCCCCUCCGCCCGGCCAGCGCUCCGCUCAGCCUGGGCCGCACCACCUCUGCCCGGCCCGAGCCCCACCUCCGCGUGGACCUCCACCAACUCCUCCUCUCUAG